ACGACAUCAGAACAGACCUGAUUGCGUCCCUAAAUUGAAUGUUGCCAUCUGAACUUGCAGCUUUUCUUAUGAAAGUUUGUGACUGUCAUCUCCAGCACUCCGACUAAAACAUUAUCCUUUCCUUGCACAAUUGACACUGCUCCUCCUCCUACUCCUCCUCACUUUGCAAGUUCGAACAAACAGCCGGUCCUGCAGAAUCAGGAAGCAGAGACUGAGAGGGAGCCACCAGACCAGGCAAAACUCGAUCUGCUUGUUUCCCUCUUGACAGGUGCAGGAUGGGUGACCCCAGCUCUUUACGGUGUUUUCUGCUCUUGUGUUUGGUUACUGCAGAGUUCGUGUGUUCAGCAGCUUCCAAACUCGUUGAUGUUCACAAUUACCAGGUGGUGAUCCCCAGGAGGAUCCACACGAAACACAGGCGAUCGAGUGAGGGCCUUCACCCUUCGGUUGUUCAGUUUGAGGUCACAGUGGGUGGCAAGCAGCAAGUUGUGUACCUUGAAAAGAAUGAGCAGCUCAUUGCGAAGAACUACUCCGAGACGCACUAUUUGAAGGAUGGGACUGAAGUGACAAGCAAUCCUGUCUAUCCAGAUCAUUGCUAUUACCAUGGUUACAUCAAGGGAGAAGGAGGAUCCUUGGCCAGCUUCAGCACGUGCGAGGGAUUCAGCGGCUACCUCAGCACAAAGGGACAAAGGUAUGUGCUGGAGCCCCUGAAGGGUUCGGACGGGGAUGAGCACGCACUGUACCGGUACGAGGAGAUGAGGCUCCCCCUCAAGACGUGCGGGGUGGUCAACACUUCAGAGGACAGCUCAGAGCCGAGAGUGGAAGAGACCUUCAGCUCCCCUCGUGAGUGUGUUUGGGUCCAGCUUUGCAGAGUUCACUUCAUGUCAAACUUCACGUUGCCUUCGUUGGGAUGGCUCGUUCUGAUCAACAUCGACAUUUCUCUUUCAACAGGUGCCCGGGUAGGCCCAGAGAUUUGCUUCAAAGGAAACAAGCAGGGAAACAUGUACGGUUACUGUCGGAAGACAGCAUCUGGUUUUCAAGGAUGCGCUAAACAGGAUAUCAUGUGUGGACAACUGAACUGUGUUGGUGGGAACAAUCAGCAGUCAGGUUUUACCUAUGGCUCAAUCACCUUCGGAAGGAUUGUUUGCCGAGUGGUACUAGAUCAAGAUGGAAAAGCUGGCUUGGUGCAAAAUGGAGCAAAGUGCGGGGCCAGCAAGAUGUGUGUCAACUCCAGGUGUACCGACGUGCCAGUUGUCGAUAGUUGUUCCAGCAGGUGCCCACCGCGUGCGGUGUGUAACCAUCUACAGCAAUGUCAGUUUGAAGAAGGCUUCUCCCAAAUCGAAAGCGGUCUUCCUACAUACGCCAUCGUCAUUAUUGUCUUGGUGAUCAUCUUACUUAUCAUUGUGGCCAUUGGAGUGGCAGCUUGUGUACACAGGAAGCACACAAGGAAACCGACCGUCACACCAAGGACACAGCAGCAGCAAACAGCAGGACUAUCAAACCCAGCCUUCACUGACAGUGCCCCAGCCACACCGCGUGUGAUGAGACCCCCGAUGCCAAAGAGCCAAGCAGCAGUCAUUCCGCCUCCUCCAACGUACAACACAGUCCCAUCAGCACCUUUCCCCCCUCAACAGGGACGACCUCUUCAUCCACUCAAACCAUCAGACAAGCCCCGUGUUCCCAGAGCACCCCCAAAGCCGCCAGGAAUGAAACCUCCGCAGCCCCCCAACUCCAAGGUAUUGAUGCCCCCAACCAGACCAAGGAACUGAAUGAUACCAGGGAGGAUGGUGAGCAACACAAAGCCCUCGGGGAAUUAUCCUGUACCUCCUGCCCCCUCGGAUAUGCUGGAAAGCAUUGGAAUGUAUCAAACCAAAGUGGAAGGCAAACCGUCUAUUUGCGCAGGACCUGUAUUCAAUCCAUGGAGUUGUCAUUAAAGAGAGAAAUAAAGUGCCAGGAAUGAUCAGCCUGCAUGUUCAGGAGGGAAGGUGGGAGAGUUUUUGGGGGACUGUUGUUGCGAACCGUUGGAACUGUACACAGAAUUCUCUGCAUUCCAAUGCAUGUUUGCUGCUUCCUUGGUCUUGGGGAACCACUUGCGUUUAAAGGUACCUCUCAAAAGUCUAUUUGUUUUUCAAUAAAAAGAAACUCUCUCUUUCA